AUGGACGAGGAGGAGUCGGACCCAGACAUCGGCGAUGAGCACAUCCGCAUCCUCUGCUCCGAGGUGGUCUCCGAGCGUCUCGUCACCCUCCAGCGCUCCAUGGACGACGCCGUGGGCAAGUCGGUCAAAUCCGCGGUGGAGACCGAGGCGGGCUCCAUCGCGUCCGCCUUCCAGCGGGAUUUCGACUCCUGCUUCGAGAAAUGCCAGAAGGAUCUGCAAGCUUUCCCUGGCAAGCUGGACCAACAAAUCCGCAACUCCGUCGCGCCCAAGCUCGAUGAGCUGCCCCGUGAGGUCACGGCACGCUGCGACGACCUCAAGCGCGACGUCCUCCUGGUGGACCAGAAGGUCGAGACCCACGCAAAGCUCCUCGCCGAGAUGCAAGAGCAGACCACCAAGCUCCAGUCGGCCCUCGUCGAGGCGAACUCGGCUCGCCCCGCGCCCAAGAACCUGGCGGGCAUCAUUCAGUUCGAUCGCGACACAGACCCGACCAUCAUCAAACUCAACGCAGGCAAGCUCGUGUCGCGCCAGGCUGUCAUUGAGAUUAUUCCCCCAUGGUUGGCAGAGCACAACAUCGAGGAGUCCAACUGGAACAUCGACUCGCCCGACCAUCUGUCCAAGAUGUUCACGAUGCGCCUCACCGGUGCGGCGGGGCUGGCCUCGCGGAGGGUUCAGAAGCUCCUGUCCAGCCUGCGCCUCUCCAGCAGCUCUCGGCGCGAGUUCGAGGUGGCCGCCCAGUAUGGAGGGGCUGCCCGUCUGCAUGUCUCCGGCGACAAGAACCCGAAGCAGAUCAAGCUGGAACUCACGGGCCGCAAGAUGCGCAACAAGUUGCAGGAUAUCUAUGGCCGCGAGCAGAAGAUCUCCCUGACAGAGAUCGUGAUCGAGGUGCUCCCAGGCCGCGAGGCCACUCGGAUCAUGUGGAACCCAGGCACCAUCGCCAAGUUCGGAGUGUCCAAGGAGACGGUCGUCGAGGCAGCGCAGGAGAUCAUCCAGCCCGAUAGUGGGCCUGCGUGGUGCCUUUAG